AUGUCUUCGGGCCUCCAGGUUGCUGCACAUGCUCUCGGGCAACUCAUGCGACUGGUAAGGCUACAUCAGUCCUCCGGCUUCAAGCAAUAUGCUAAUGCAAUCCCCAUCCUACCAGGUAUCUCUCUGUAUAAUCGCCCGGAUAAUCUACAAGGUGCAUUUCCACCCGCUCGCCAAUUUCCCAGGUCCAUUGUUGGCGCGGUCGGCAUUGCUGUGGCGGUUCUUCCACACCACGCGAGGCCGCUUCCAUCUGGCCGUCGCAGACACUCACAGGGAAUACGGCCCCGUCGUCCGCGUCUCCCCCAACGAACUAACCUUCAGCUCCGUCACCUCCUACAAGGACAUCUACGGCCACGGCACCGGCAGCAAGCAGGGCCCGCUGAAGAGCGAAUUCUGCAUCUUCGGCGCCGGCUUCAAGGCGGCCUGCAUCGCGAGCGAGCGCGACCCGCUCAGACGCCGCGGCAUGCUGUCCACGCUGGCCGUCGCCUUCUCGGCCAAGGCCCUCGUCAAGCAGGAGGGGAUCAUUGCAGACGCGGCAAAUCGCAUUGCUGGCAAGAGCUUAUCCGAGGCCAUCUGUACUUUGUCACCGUGGCGAAUAAUCUGCGGCGCCUCCCUUUUGUCCCAGCGCUGGCGAGAAUCGUCUUCCCGUCCUUCCAAGGGUUGUCGGCGAUUGCUACCAUCCCGCAGUCGGCUGGUUCGCCAACACGCUGGAGCUAG